AUGGCAUUACAAAGCCAGAGCGAUCACCUUCGAGAUAUUCGGGAUCAAGAGCAAGAAAUUCAGCAUUCAGAACCUCGCCUAUCAACUCCGAGACAAAUGUCAGUUCCAGAUUCCCAAGCAAGAACUCAUCAGACUAUUGAGUCUCGGAGUCCAAUAGUGAGACAUUUCAGUCAAUCUGGACCAGGUCAGUGGACCAUCAGUGAUAGAGAAAAGCUACUUGAAUGGUUAGGACGUAACCUGCAAAACUACGAGGCCUUUAAAACCGACAAAAAUCGGGUGGCAGAUCGGAUAUCAAAGGAUGUCUUUGGUGGGGUACGGUCAGGAAGCUCGGUAAAAGGACAGUAGGAAGCAAUAAAAAAAAGUACUGGGUUGCACAAACCAAAUUAAAGUCUACUGGAGAAGGACAACGGAAGAACAAGGAUCUGUGGAGCAGUAUACGUACAAAUUGGCUCGACCGACUAUGUCCCUACUAUGAGGCUAUCGAUGAUAUCCUUCAGCGAGAUAAAAGCUUUACACCAUUUUAUGUUUCUGAAACCAGUGGAGAAGAACAUUAUGAAGCCAGAUCAACCGAUGGGAUAUGGCAACAAAGUGAACAGAUACUGCAGAGUUCUGAGGUAGCGGAAUUGAGGAAGGAGGAUCGUCAAGGCCAGAGAAAUCAUGGAAGCUUUAUAGAUGAGAAUGAUACUGAAAUUGAAAUCAACUUUAAUUCAAGCACACCAACCGAACAUCCAUCAGCGGGUGGGUCGAAAAAUCCACGAAAGCGGGGUACCUCAAGUGGGACAGGACAGAAAGGACUAAAGAGAGAAAAGUUCAAUUCUGAGGAAGAGAUUUUACGUUCAGUACAGCAUGAAAGACUUGCAUUUGAGAAGGAAAGAUUUCAGUAUGAGAUUUAGCGUGAUGAAGCUCAACGGCAGUUGGCUGAAAGGCGAGAAGAAAACAGACAUGAGGAGGCUUUAAUGCGAAUGCGGCUGUUGGAAAUGAGACUUCAAAAUCAGAAUGUAUAGUUUCUAUCUGGUAUUCCCAACCACCCCGGGGACUGCUGAAGACUGUGGGGGACUAUAGGGACUGCGGAGACUGUGGAGACUGCGGAGGGGAGACUGCAGGGGCUGUGGGGACUGUGGGGACUGCAGGGACUGCGGAGACAAUGGAGACUGUAGGGACUGUUGGGACUGUUGGGACUGCAGGGACUGUGAGGACUGUGGGGACUGCAGAGACUGUGGAGACUGUGGGGACUCGGACUGCUGGGACUGUUGGAACUGUGGAGAUUGCGGGGGCUGUGGAGACUGCGGGGACUGUUGGGACUGCGAGGACUGUGGGGACUGUUGGGACUGUGGGGACUGCGGGAACUGUUGGGACUGCGGGGACUGCGAGGACUGCGGGGACUGCGAGGACUGCGGAGACUGUGAGGACUAUGGAGACU